AUGUCAUACAUAAAACUGCUGUUCUUAUUUGUCAUUAUGACCGAUUCUGUCUUUCAAAAUACACAGGCAUCCCUGCUGUGGAAUGUCGUUAAUAUUAAAUAUCAAUGCAACUAUCCGGGUUGUUCAUCUUUGGCAACUGUUUCUGCAUCAAAUUUAGAAAAUUGUCAAAUGGGUUGUGCCACCAAUACAGCAUGUCGUACAGUUACUUUUGAUGCAACGAGUAAUCAGUGUCAAUUGCAUUCUGAUAUUCCAAAUCAAAGUUGUAAACAGUUAUCUCAAGCAGUUACAACUAUAACCACCAUUGAUAACGAAGAAUCGUCUGCUCGUAAGUAG